GCCAUUGUAUUGAUAUUAGCGCUCGUUUGGACGAUCGGCCGAUUCAGUGCUUCUAAAUACUUAUUUACGCCGUUCGCGCGUUUGUGCCGAAUGUCCAAAAGUGAUGUCCAAAAAUACCCGGAGAGCGCCUGGAAGUUCUUCUACUAUUUGUUCACAUUUUCAUUUGUCGUUUACCUUUUAUUUGUCCAAAACUGUUGCGAUUACUUCAGCCGAAGAGAUCUUAUUUGGAAAGAUUUUUCAAUUGACGACGUGAUCCCCGGAAACGUACGGAUACUAUACUUGAUUGAAAUUAGUUUCUACAUCCACUCCGUAUACGCCGUCAUAUUUCUGGACGAAUGGCGAAAGGAUACUCUCGUUAUGUUUACCCAUCACAUCAUCAUAUCCCCGGAAACUUUCUACAUCCACUCCGUAUACGCCGUCAUAUUUCUGGACGAAUGGCGAAAAGAUACUUUGGUUAUGUUUACCCAUCAUAUCAUCACAAUAGCGUUGCUCUCAUUAUCGUUGGCCGCAAAAGCUCAUAGAGUGGGUAUAGUUGUGCUGCUAUUACACGAUGGAUGCGAUGUCAUAAUGGAAGCGACUAAAUGUCUGCUAACAUUCAAAUCGAUCGGCGGUUUUAUGGGAAAGUUUUUCGAUAUAUUAAGUGGAAUCGGUUUUCUACUUUUCCUCGGCUCGUGGUAUGGCAAUUUGUCGCUUAUAUUGGUUUCCAUUGAAAGCAAUUUACUCGAGUUCCGAAUAUUUCAGUGAACAUAAUAGCAAAUUCCCGUUUAUGUUUGUUUUGUAUUCAUUGCUUUGGGUUAUAUUAGCGAUGGAUGUCUAUUGGUUUUCGUUUAUGGUUAGAAUAUUAAUUAAUAUCGUGACCGGAAAAACAAGGGUUGAAGACAAUCGAGAAUAUUCUGAGACUAAACAACAAAAACACAGGAAAACUGCGAACGGAGUCAAUAGAAAUGCCAAACGAAAGCAACACUAAAUUUUGCCAAAUUUUUACAUUUAUAGUCAAAGAGAAUAUUAAUAUGAAUUUUGAUUGUUAUUAUGAACUGAAUUUAAGAAUUCAAUUGAAAACUACAAAGAAUUGUGUAAAUCAAACAUAAGACACAC